AUGGAGUAUCUUUCCUACGUGAAUGAUAUUUUAGCUGCUUUAUUUGCUGCAGCUUCUAUUUUCUUUGGUAUUUUGACUCUUCUUACACUAAAGGUUUUCAUUUCAUACAGAGAUACCCAUAUUGUCAAAGCCAAUAAUAGGAACCUCAGCUUUACUCUUCUGGUUUCCAUCGCCCUGAGCUUCAUCUGUGUGUUUCUCUUUCUUGGUCGUCCCCUGGAUAUAACAUGCAUGCUCCGUCAAGUGUCUUUUGGAGUCAUCUUCUCAGUGUCUGUCUCCUGUGUGUUGACCAAGACUAUCAUAGUUUAUACUGCUUUCAAAGUCACUAAACCUGGCAGUAAGUUGAAAACAUGGAUUGGGGUCAAGAUGUCCAAUUCUAUCGUUUUAAUCCUCUCUUCUAUUCAAGUUAUAAUUAGUAUCUGUUGGUUGGCCAUUUCCCCACCAUUUCAGGAGAUGGACACACGCUCUUAUCAAUGGAAGAUCAUCAUUCAGUGUAAUGAAGGCUCAGUUAUUGCCUUUUACUCUGUCCUCGUCUACAUGGGGCUUCUUGCAACUGUUAGCUUUGUCAUGGCUUUUUUAGCCAGGACAUUACCGGACAGCUUUAAUGAGACCAAGUACAUCACUUUCAGCAUGCUGGUGUUCUGCAGUGUUUGGAUUGCGAUGAUCCCAGCCUAUCUGAGCACCAAAGGGAAAUACAUGGUGGCUGUAGAGGUCUUUGCCAUAUUAACAUCAAAUGCUGGACUCUUAGGUUGUAUAUUUUUACCAAAAUGUUACAUAAUAUUAAUUAGACCAGAAAUUAAUAAAAAGACAAAUGUACUAACAAAAAGAAAUUAA